GACACGAGCGCCGGUUCACAAGCAGGUGCGCUAAUUGCGCCUCUCAUUGGCUCUCGUCCGCAACUCCUCGCGUCUUUGCGUCUUCCUGCGAUGCCCUCGCGGCUGAAGAAAGACGCCCCACACCCCCCUCUCUCCCGCUUUUACAUGGGGUAACAGAGCGGGACGUGACCGGAGUGCAGAUCAGGUCAGGGAUGAGGACGACUUGAAGUUCGGCGCAGAGAGUUCAUGAACAUGGAGCCCGGUUCCACAGAGGGAGGAGCUGACGAGACGCUGCCUAAAAAUCACCCAGCAGGUCCUCCCGCCAAAGUAAUACUCAAACAUGGCCAAGAGCUGGAGGAAGAGCAGGAGGAGUUGGCGGAGCACCAGCCGCUGGAGCAGGAGGACCUGAACUUCGAGAGAUGGAAGCGCAGGCCGUUACCCAAGAGGACGCUCCACCAGAAGAUAGACGACUUGAAGAAAUACCUGUGGAAUGCGGAGACCAACGAAUUCAUGGGUCGCUCUGGAAAGAGCUGGAGCCUCAUCCUCCUCUUCUACGCUGCACUUUAUUUGUUUCUUGCAGCCAUGUUUGGUGGCUGUAUUUUUUGCCUCAUGUGGUCCAUUAGUCCCUACCAUCCGACCUACAACGACAGAGUGAUGCCACCAGGUAUGACGAUGGCCCCGCACCUGGAAGGCCACGACAUCGCCUUCAACGCCUCCGAUCGCAAAUCCUGGAGGAAGUACGCCCGGUCUAUGGAUGAAUAUCUAAGACAGUAUAACGACGCCGCUCAGGAGAGGAAGAAUAUUCCCUGCACACAGGACCGAUACUUCAUGCAGGACAACCUGGAGGAGAGCGCCGAGCGCAAGGCGUGUCAGUUUAAGAGGUCCUGGCUGAGGGAGUGCUCGGGGCUCAGCGACCCCACCUACGGCUAUAAUGUGGGAAAGCCGUGCAUCCUCUUUCGAAUGAACCGGAUUCUUGGAUACUUACCUGGGCAGGGCAAACCCAUAAAUGUGACCUGUGGAGUCAAGAGAGGACCACCAGAAGCUUUGGGACAAAUUCAGUUUUUCCCUAAAAGCGUUUUCGACAUGAAGUACUACCCGUACUACGGAAAGCUCAGACAUGUAAACUACUCCUCUCCGGUGGUGGCUGUGCGUUUUAUGGGGGUGCAGACCGACACUCCCAUCACGGUGCAAUGCAAACUGAAUGGAAAAGGGAUCAUCAACGAUUCGCCCACUGAUCGCUACCUGGGCAGCGUCACCUUCUCCCUGGAGGUGGGAGCGUAAGGCAGAGGCCAGCAGGAUGCUUCAGUAACCACGUGGCAGGAAAUUAUACGAGUAAAAAAAUUACGUUGAACCAUCGUUUUCCAUUAAGUAUGUGAUUUCCCUCCCCUCACCUUUCACUUUAAUAUCAUCUUCUGCUGUGAAAUUCCUCUUACAUUGCUGUUGUCUCUCGUCGUACCUUGAGUGUCCUACUGGCACCUGCAGCCACAACAUUCAGUUCUGAGCACAAAACGAAGUGCCUGGAGCGAGUUAUCGAUUCAGAUCCUGGUGUUUUGUAAUGAAUAGUGAGAUUAAUCAAACUAAAUCACACUCUGCCCAAUACUUAGCAUUUCUGGCUAUGCAAAUCAAAUUAUGACCUAAAACAUUAAAUAGUGAUUAGAGAUACUGUUUGUCAGGUUAGAUUAUGGUUUGUUUGAACAUUUUGUGGCAAAAGCAUACUAAUUUGUCUUGAAUUGUAUUUUUCAAACAUGUAUAUUUUAAGAAUUCAAAGAAGUAUCAUGCAAACACUGAAAGCAGGACUUGUACUGUACUUACACAGUAAACAAAGUAUAAUAAAUCACUGCAAAUAGAUGAUUACUAUAUUUUUAUUGAAUAGAGCAGAAUUAUACAUUUACGAUAAAGUACCACAAGCCACAACUCGCGCUCAUUUGUAAAAACAUUUGCUUCCGAAAAUGAAAUACUACACAAGACUGAUCAAUAAAGAGACAUCCUGUACUGUGAAAUAGUUGUGAAACGUCUUGUACCAUUUUAAAAAGUAAAACUAUUUUGUUAGUAUUAACCUGCUUGAACUGUUCUACUAAACCUGGUGUCAAUGCUGUAUUUAUUCCUAUUUUAGGUCUUAUAAUAAAUACAAUGUUCUGAUA